CGACCACCUGCGCCGCCGCAUAAUUGCACUCAUCACCUCUAUCUGAUAUGGCCUCGUCCACGCGUACGACCAUGAAGCUGCUAUCGCCGAGAAUCCAAUAUCUGCAGCGACCAGCACGAUGCACACAGCUUCGCCAUUCAUCCUCCCGCUACAGCAACCCAGCUACGAGGAACCGGGCGGCCACCACUCCGGCGCAGACUCCUUCGUUCGUUGGCCAGAAUCUGCAGCACGCACCGGAAGUCGAGCUGGAUGCAGGACUACGACCUCAAAUGAGCAUGCGGGAUCAGUACCUGGCCGAGGAGGAGAGGCGGCAAUUUCACUUGCGGCGCAUGCGAUUUGCGGGCAUGGGACUACUGCUGACUUUCGCGGGGCUUACCAUUACGCUUGCAAAUCUUGAUCUCGACCAAAUGGACCAGGCUGAGCGGAAGAGGAAGGGCCAGCAGCUGGACGGAGGUGGUAGUUUGGACAAGAGUUUUCAGGGAAAAGAAGUGACUGUCAUCGGCGCUGGCGAAGGCAAGAGGAUAGUAGCCCAAGGGCAGGGUGAAGAGAUUGAGCUUGUCGAGACAGGCACAAGCAGUGUGCCUCACUUCCCUCGAACCAUUUAUCUUCCUACGAAUGCCCCGUCUGCCCCUCAGGCGGACCCGCUUGGUAACAUCAGCAUUACGCCUGAUGUGUCCACCAAUCCAGGCAACGUACAGAAUCAUGAGCAAUAUACCCUUGUCGGUCUUGGUAUCCGUACUGUCUCCUUUCUCAGCAUCCAGGUGUACGUGGCGGGCUUAUACAUCCGGACCAAGGACAUUUCGGAUCUGCAACAGCGUUUGAUCAAAGACAUCAACGAGACUGCUUCAACACUGAUUCCUUCGGAGAAAGAGGAGCUCCGAAGACGUCUCCAAGAGCCCGGUGCAAGUCGCGAGAUAUGGUCGGACUUGUUGAAAGUCCCAGGUAUCAAAACCGCGUGGCGGAUUGCGCCUACCAGAAACACCGACUUUGGGCACCUUCGUGAUGGGUGGAUAACGGGAAUUACAAAUCGAACUCGUGAGGCCAAAGCUCAUUCUAAGGGCGUGGAAACAGAGUACGACCAAGAAGAUUUCGGUAAAGCUGUUGGCGAUUUCAAGAACAUCUUCACGGGUGGGAAGGCUGCAAAGGGUAGCGUGAUGAUAUUAUCGCGCGAUAUGAACGGAUCGCUGGACGUCUGGUUUCAGGCGAACCCAGAGGCGUCAGCAAAGGACAAUGCCGUACAGCAUCUUGGAUCUGUGGCAGACGAAAGGAUUGCAAAGCUGAUCUGGCUAGGCUACCUUGGUGGCGAAAAGGUGAGCAGUGAGCAAUGUAGGAAAGGGGUUGCAGAUGGGUGUGUAGCUUUUGCAUCGCGGCCAAUCGGGAGUGCGGAGACUAUGAUCAAUUAAGACACACGUUUGUUAGACAUUGGCAGUAAGAUCAAGAGGAGGACAUGCGGGAUUCCCAGUGAGAAUCCUAGAGCAUACAGCGAGUAUCAGGACGGAAAUAUAAUGCACAUAUAAAGGUACCAG